AUGCCGGAUGAAGCAACUAGGGAUUUCCUACUCCGGAAUCUGGAGUCGACGAUGCUUAUGCAUCCAUGUUUCAAUUUCCCUCAGUUCAGGAACCGCGUCGAGGCUCUGUACAACCCGGAUAUAUGGACGGCUACUUCACCAUCCAGUGAGCUAGACUUGGCUCAACCCGAUGUUACAGGUGAAAGUGGGGAUCCUCAACCUUCCACCACUUCGCCUCGAAGGCCAUCCCUGUCUUUCUUUGCCGCUGCUUUAGCUGGAUUGGCACUCGGUGCCUAUUCGACUUCCACACUGCCGCCGCCAACUCUUCCUACCCAAUCAUCCUCCGAUCGUCCCAUUCUCAAUGGUUUUUCUCCAUUACCGGCGAACGUUAGCGCGGAUAGCUUUUUCACGUUGUCAAAGCAAGUUCUCGCCGUGUCGGAAUGGAACAGCAAUUAUGACCUCGAUUUCAUAAUUGCUGUCAUUCUGAACGGCCUGUAUCUUCUUCACGAUGGGAAAUCGAGCAUUGCGCAUACGAUUUUCCCUUCAAUUGGCAAAUUGGUUAACAUUGCAAAGAUGAUGGGUCUACAUCUGGAUCCGGAUGACUUUCCGGGAAGAUAUAGCCUGUUUGACGCCGAGAUGAGGCGCCGUGUGUGGUGGGAUGUCUAUUAUUAUGAUUUAUUCAUGUCGGAUUCCAUGGGUCAACAUCCGCUCAUCGAUGAUGAGAUGUGCACCACGCGUCUUCCUGCUGAUGUGGAUGAGGAAAAAUUUCACGAGGGUUCUCAGUCCUUACCUGCGCCUCGCGAAAGAUCCAACUUCGCUUAUUUCAUUCAAAAGUGCCGGUGA